UGGGUGUAAACUACAAAAAUAACCGGUCCCUCCAUCAAGAGACUCUAACAUCCGUGAUAGACUCUACUUAACACGGAACAACCUGGCGACUCUUCCUGCAUCACGUAGCAUCAUGUCCGAGUGUGCGUCUCGUGAAAGCUAUGAGGAGUGUCGGACCGCAGCUGAUUGGCUGCUGUCCAACACGCAGGUGCGGCCCACGGUGGGAAUCGUGUGCGGUUCAGGUUUGGGGGGGCUGGCCAAGAUUCUGAAGGACCCUCAGGUCUUCAAAUACAGUGACAUUCCCAACUUCCCCCGGAGCACAGUGAAUGGUCAUGCUGGUCAGCUGGUGUUUGGAACCCUUAAAGGGAAGCCGUGUGUUUGCAUGCAGGGCAGGUUCCACCUGUACGAGGGCUACCACGUCCAGAAGAUCACGCUGCCCAUGCGCGUCUUCAAGUUGAUGGGCGUGGAGACGGUCUUCCUGACCAACGCAGCCGGAGGCCUCAACCAGGACUACAAAGUGGGCGACAUCAUGAUCAUGAAGGACCACAUCAACAUGCCGGGGUUUGCUGGGACCAACCCGCUGGCUGGACCAAAUGAUGACAGGUUUGGCGUCCGCUUCCCCUGCAUGUCUGACGCUUAUGACCGCGAGCUGCGACAGUUGGCCCAUGAUGUGGCAUCAGAGCUGGGCUACAACGACUUCCUGCAGGAGGGAGUGUACUGCGUCCUGGGAGGUCCCUCCUUCGAAACCAUCGCUGAGUGUCGCAUGCUGCACAAGCUGGGCGCCGACGCUGUCGGUGAGUGUUGAGUCUUCCCACCACACACACACUUCUACUUCUAUACUUGUGAGGACUUUACCCUAAACGUAACCACCAUAAUUACAUGCUUAACUUUAAGCUAACCCUAACUGAGAGUCAUUAAAAAGCUCACUGUUGAGCAACUUCAACGUUUUUUCAUCACAACUCCAACACUGCUCACACAACCAAAUUACAGUGAGGCCUUUAUAUGGCAUACAGUUUUUUUGUAAACAGUAAUGGUUUUCUCUCCACCUCCCUACACUCGUAUUUUAAGGGAAAUUAAUUUGCCAAAAGAGACAAAACACACAAUAAACAAUGUUAAAGAGAAAUUUGACUGACGGCAUCAUUACUAAUUGUAAGGUCACGUUCGUCGUGUCGUGAAAAUGUGAUAAUCAUGAGAGCCCUAGUCUAAUUAUCAUGAAAAGUAAUGUAUUUAGCUAGUCCAAAACAAUAAUUGAUGAUACCGACAUGUCGAGUUGUGUUUCAGAAGUGUCGCUAACAAC